GAUGGAUGACUGGAGUUUCCCUUGCGGUCUGAAGAUUAAUGGAAGGGGUCUGUUGAUCUGAGGAAUCGACUAUCAGGUGGUCGGUCCCAGGAAACCAUUGCACUUGACGGCUUCUUUGGAAACGAAUGGAGAAAAAUCUUCCAGGAUAACAAAGAGCGGGGGAAAAAACGACAAUACUGGACAUUUUUUUUCCCCAAAUCCAGGCCUCAAGUGAGAAGGCCUGCAGACAUUGAGAUAGCACCUGGUUAGUUAAGGCCAGACUGCGAGGAACGCUUAGAAGCUAACUAGCUUGCUAGUUAGACAGACGGAAGUGGUUUUCGACGGUCUGUGUCCGGACUAGAUUUUUCUUUUGUGGAUAAAACCAACCCCUCUGUGGAAAUAAAUAACAACUGACUGACAACUUGAUUUGUCCGUGCUUGCUUGGGAAAUCGACGAGCGAACGCUACCAAGCUGACAUCCGCUGGCUGUCUGCGAGCUAAGACGCUAAGUUUAGCUAACUUACAGCGGAUAACGCUUGGUGCAGACUUUUGAGUUUCCCCAAAAUCACUAAGGAAGCGUGCUGCUUUGAACUACAUUUACAGUUAGUCAAUAAUGAUAGCUGUUAGCUAGUAGCUAGUUGUCAGCUUCAUUGUGUCCAGCGGCUUGCGGUAACAGUGUAGCAACACUCAGCGACUUGUAAAGGAACACUGAUUACGAGCCAAGGGACUCCACCAUCAGCCUGCCAUCAUGGGCAACACGCCCACAGCAAAGAAGGGCAAUGAGAUGGAGAGUGUGAAGGAGUUUCUUGCCAAAGCCAAAGAAGAUUUUCUGAAAAAAUGGGAGAAUCCAGCACAGCAAACUGCGGCAUUGGACCACUUCGAGCGUUUGAAGACCUUAGGCACGGGCUCGUUUGGUCGAGUCAUGUUGGUGAAACACAAAGAGUCUGGCCAGCAUUAUGCCAUGAAAAUACUUGACAAACAGAAGGUAGUCAAGCUGAAGCAGAUAGAACACACAUUGAAUGAGAAACGUAUCCUGCAAGCUGUCAGCUUUCCCUUUCUCGUGCGACUGGAGCACUCUUUUAAGGACAACAGCAAUCUGUAUAUGAUAAUGGAGUACGUGCCUGGGGGUGAAAUGUUCUCACACUUAAGGAGGAUUGGUAGAUUCAGUGAACCACACGCCCGAUUCUACGCAGCCCAGAUUGUACUGACCUUCGAAUACCUUCACUCGCUGGAUCUCAUCUACCGAGAUCUGAAGCCGGAGAACCUGCUCAUUGAUCAUCAAGGUUACAUACAGGUAACAGAUUUUGGAUUCGCAAAAAGAGUGAAAGGCCGAACUUGGACACUUUGCGGGACUCCCGAGUACCUAGCGCCAGAAAUCAUCCUCAGUAAGGGUUACAACAAAGCAGUUGACUGGUGGGCUUUGGGUGUACUGAUAUAUGAGAUGGCUGCUGGUUACCCACCCUUCUUUGCAGAUCAGCCUAUUCAGAUUUAUGAAAAGAUUGUAUCAGGGAAGGUUCGCUUUCCAUCCCACUUCAGCUCAGACCUGAAAGAUCUGUUGAGAAAUUUGCUGCAGGUGGACCUGACCAAGCGCUUUGGCAAUCUCAGGAAUGGAGUCAGUGAUAUCAAGGGCCACAAGUGGUUUGCCACCACCGACUGGAUUGCCAUCUACCAGAGGAAGGUGGAAGCUCCCUUUAUUCCUAAGUGCAAAGGCCCUGGUGACACAAGCAACUUUGAUGACUACGAUGAAGAAGAAAUCAGAGUCUCCUUCACAGAGAAGUGUGCAAAGGAGUUUGCUGAGUUCUAGAUACCAACCAUGAGUAGUGAUAUAUGACAGAGGCAGGGAUUUAGAAAGUUUAAAGGGGGUCUGAAAACAGAAAGCACUUAAGUGAACUGAUAACUUGCUUAUUUGUGAUGAGGAAAACAAUGUAAAGUCCCCCCCCAAUGAAAGCGGCAAGGUGAUAAAAGAUCCAACAGAACCAGCAGUGUUGCCUUUUUGAUUGUUUCUCAACUGUUACCUUUUCACUUUAUUUAUCCCUCUUGUGUUUGUGGCAGGGGCUUGACAAGAACAGGCAUAGGCCGUGGCUGUUCGGCUAGAUUUGUUUCUUUCUGAUGGUGUAAAUGACAUGUUUUCAGUCUCUUCAGGUUGAGGCAUUGAUUUUUCUGUUAAGGUACUAAAUCUGCUAAGGCUCUUUUUUUUUUCUAAACGGGCCCUCUCUUCAAGCUUCUCUAAGAGUGAUCGUUGUAUCUCGUCACCCCCCAGUCUCCUCUCCCCUCCACCUCUCCAUCCUGAAUCUGUCCAAGCAAUACCAAGUCCAACAGCAGUGCCUAUCAUAAUGCCAACUGGUUGGAAAACUGUGUCGAAAGCGUCGGUGCAGAGCUUUGGCUACGGUGGCGGUGGCCCUCGUGCCCGUUUUGGUUAAAAGUUUGAAAAACUCUCUGCACCUGCCUUUGUCUGCUCAAUGUGGCAUGAUUAUUGGGUAGAUGAUGCACUCUGCUGCUUGCCGCUGAAGCAGCGGUGACCUCAUUGAUCAGAGUGAAAAUGAUUUAUCACAGUAAACUUCACUGCGGUCCUGUUCCUGUAGGGACCCGCGGGAAGUGAACAUGAGGUCUGCAUUUAAGUCUGUCUUUCUCUUAGCUGAAUUUAUUAGAGCAUUUUAAAAAAAAAAAAAAUCCUGUCGGUGUUCAUUUUGUCCUUUUUAUGUCGAUCUCUGUGCUUGUGUGUUAUUUAGUGCUCAUGGGUGGGUUUAAAAAGCUGUGACUUAGCAGCAGCUAACAUUGUGGUCACACUCCUGACUAUUGUUUAUUUAAUUCAUAGUACAUUUAUACAUGUAUAUUGAUAUAUAAAUAUAUGAUAGAGAACAUAAAAUAUCCAUCUUUUUUUCAACAUUGUCUCAUAGCUGUGAAACUGACUUUAAGAUUUUAUAAAUAAACAAAUAUAUAAAUUCUGCCAAAUUUGCAAACUGAGAACAAUGCAGUUUCCUGUAUGUAACUCUGAUGGUGGUGGAUUUUAAUACGCAAAACAGUAGCAAAACCUUUCAACAUGUGCAUGUUAUUUUUGUACAAUAUCACCUGUAAAGCAAGAUGGCAGAGCUUUGUGCUUUAGUCGUGCCGAGGUACCUGAGAUCAUGAAUAAUGUUUAAUACUAAAAAGGACAGUCAAUGCUCUAUUGGAGAUGGAACCAAACCCAGAUAAAUGUGCUCAAGUCCUCCUGGGUUGUGUUCAUUAUUCAGUUGUAAGGCAGCAGAUUGCAGAAAAUUGUCACUAACGUUGUGCUUCUCCUCUUCCCUGACCACCCCCCCACCCCCCCCCCCC